AUCAUUUGAACAUUUGAACGAGUCAGUUGAAGUCAUUGGUGGGAACAUUGACUUUUCUUCAGAUUAAACGCGUGGAAAACUUGACGCCAUUGUCAUUUCAUCAAAACCUUCUCUGUUUUUUUCUAUCUCUUUCUCUCUCUGCAAAUUCCCUCUGCAGCUAUGGAAACCAGAGAUGCUUUGUGGUUCAUACUUUAUGUGUUCUUCCUCAUAUUUUUCCAACCAUCCAUGGCAAUAGAUACCAUCUCACUGAAUGAUUCCAUCUCUGGAGACAAAACCAUUGUUUCUUCUAAAGAAAAUUUCAAACUUGGUUUCUUCACUCCAGGUAAAUCUUCAUCUUCUUCAUCCAAGUAUUACAUAGGCAUUUGGUAUAACAAAAUCUCUGUUCAAACAGUAGUUUGGGUUGCUAACAGAGAUACACCCAUUUCAGAUCCAUCAGUUUCUUUCUUGAAAUUUCAAAAUGGUAACUUAGUACUCUUAAAUGAGUCUAGGUUCCCUGUUUGGUCCACUAAUAUAAGUUCUAAACCACCCUUUGGAUCUUUACAAGCUACCAUUCAGGAUGAUGGGAAUUUUGUUUUGAAAGAUGGGUCUAUUACUAAUUCAUCAAAACCCUUAUGGCAAAGUUUUGAUUUUCCUACUGAUACUUGGCUUCCUGGAAGUAAGCUUGGAAGAAAUGAAAUUACUAAACAAACCCAACAUUUAACUUCAUGGAAGAACCCUGAAGAUCCUGGAUCUGGUCAUUUCUCUCUUGAACUUGAUCCUAAUGGAACCAGUGCUUAUUUAAUUAUGUGGAAUAGAACUAGAGAGUAUUGGAGUAGUGGACCUUGGGUUGCUAAUAUGUUUAGUUUGGUUCCUGAGAUGAGGCUUAAUUAUAUAUAUAAUUUCAGCUUUGUGGAAACUGAUACUGAAAGCUAUUUCACAUAUUCAAUGUAUAACUCUUCAGUUAUAUCGAGGUUUGUGAUGGAUGUGUCGGGACAGGCUAAGCAAUUCACUUGGUUGGAGAGUUCUAAGAAUUGGAAUUUGUUUUGGGGUCAACCAAGGCAACAAUGUGAAGUUUAUGCUCUUUGUGGAGCAUUUGGGAGAUGUAUUGAGAAUACCUCACCUAUAUGUAGUUGUGUUGAAGGGUUUGAGCCAAACUCUAAUCUUGAAUGGGAUUUGAAAGAGUAUUCCGGUGGGUGCCGACGAAAAACGAAAUUGAAAUGCGAGAAUCCAGUUUCCAAUGGCGAUAGGGAUAGAUUUUUGUUGAUGCCUUAUAUGAAGUUACCUGAUCUUUCAGAGUCUGUGCCAGUUGGAAAUGGUGGAGAUUGUGAAUCAUCAUGUUUACAUAAUUGUUCUUGUGUUGCUUACUCUUAUCAGAAUGGUCAGUGUGCAACUUGGAGUGGUGAUCUCUUGGAUUUACGGCAACUGUCACAAAACGAUCCGAGUGCGAGACCGUUGUAUCUUAAGCUUGCAGCUUCUGAAUUCUCAAGUAGGAAGAAGAAUACAGGAGUGAUUAUUGGUGUUGCUGUUGGCGCAGCUGUUGGUUUAGUCAUUGUGUUGGCUGUUUUAACUUUUAUUCUUUUGAGAAGGAGAAGAAUUGUAGGAAAAGGAAAAACAGUGGAAGGUUCAUUGGUGGCUUUUGAAUAUAGAGAUUUGCUAAAUGCAACAAAGAACUUUUCACAUAAACUUGGAGGAGGAGGGUUUGGUUCUGUCUUUAAAGGGUCUUUGUCCGAUUCCACGAUCGUGGCGGUGAAGAAACUCGAGAGUGUUAGCCAAGGAGAGAAGCAAUUCAGGACAGAAGUCAGCACAAUUGGGACAAUACAACAUGUUAACUUGAUUCGACUUCGAGGAUUUUGUUCCGAAGGUAGUAAAAAAUUGUUGGUCUAUGAUUACAUGCCAAAUGGUUCAUUAGAUUCUCAUAUUUUCCACAACCAGAAUCCUAAUAAUGUCUUGGAAUGGAAAACAAGAUACCAAAUUGCUCUUGGGACUGCAAGAGGGUUGGCUUAUCUUCACGAGAAGUGUCGUGAAUGCAUCGUACACUGCGACAUCAAGCCCGAAAACAUACUUUUGGAUGAUCAAUUUUGUCCUAAAGUAGCUGACUUUGGCUUGGCCAAACUCUUUGGACGAGAGUUCAGCAGAGUCCUAACAACCAUGAGAGGCACGCGAGGCUAUCUAGCGCCGGAGUGGAUUUCAGGGGUCGCAAUAACAGCAAAAGCUGAUGUUUUUAGUUACGGGAUGAUGCUUUUCGAGUUCGUAUCGGGAAGACGAAACUCAGAGCAAUCUGAAGAUGGAACAAUCAAGUUUUUUCCAAGUGUGGUUGGAAAAGUAAUAACCGAAGAAGGUGAUAUCCUUGGUUUGUUGGACCCGAAACUACAAGGAAAUGCUGAUGUAAAAGAGGUAACAAAGAUUUGUAGAGUAGCCUGUUGGUGCAUCCAAGAUGAAGAAGUUCAAAGACCAUCAAUGAGUAAUAUUGUCCAAAUUCUUGAAGGUGUUUUGGAAGUUAACAAACCGCCAUUGCCAAGAUCUCUACUUGCGUUUAGCGACAGCCAAGAGCAUCUAGUCUUCUUCACUGAAUCCUCAUCCUCAUCCUCUUCAAACCAAAAUUCGAAGACGAACUCAUCGACUCCGUCAUCUCAGACCAAAAGCAGCACAUCUACAACAAACUCCUAGUCUUGAAGAUUUUUGCUGAAUUCCAAGACUUUGCUCUCUUUUCAUCCAAUUCAGUAUAUAUUCUCUCUUUGCUCUAAAAUAAAAGGCUAACUUUAUUAAUCUUCAUUUGCACUUUCUCUACAAUAUCCAUGUAAUAAAUGUUCUAAAGUUUCUUUUUAAAAUCAUUUUCAACAAAA